AUGAGCAGACUGAUAAGGGGCCCCUAUCAUGUUUAUAUCGAAAACAAUGAACCAAAUUUCUCAGAAGCUUCAGCAGAGUGGGUACAGGAAUUUCAUUGUAAGCUGGCCCCAAAUUAUGUAAGCAACAACAUCCAAAGAAGAAUCUCAACGUGGACUAACCAUGAACUGAUGCAACCUUUUACCUUGAUAGAAUUACAGAGAGUCUUCAAACAGAACAACAAUACAUCUCCGGGAAAGGACCAAAUUCAUUAUUCGAUGUUAUACCAACUACCUACAACAACGAAACAAUCGUUAUUGGAUAUUUUCAAUCAAAUAUAUUGUGGGAAUGCUGAAAUACCGAAAGAUUGGUACGAUUAUAUAAUUAUUCCAAUUCUGAAACCUGGAAAACCAGAACAUCAUCAAGAUUCAUAUCGUCCCAUUGCACUAGCUUCAUGCGUUUUGAAAACUUACGGAAGACUCAUAAAGAAUAGGUUGGAAUUCUACUUGGAGAAAAACCAAUUGCCCCCAAGCUCGCAAUAUCGAUUUCGAAAAGGACGGUCUACUCAAGACUUACUGAUACAGUUAACAACUGAUAUCCAAAUUGGAUUUUCGAAUAACACGCAUACUUCUGUAAUAUUUUUAGACGUAAUGGGAGCUUAUGAUAAUGUAGACUUGAAUAUACUAUACAGUAAAAUUAUAAAUAUUGGUCUUCCAAAAGAACUUGCCAACCAUUUGUUAUUACCGUAUAGCAAUAGAAACAUUUUCAUCAGAGCCUCUGAGCAGACUAUUGGACCACGAUCAACAUCUAAAGGACUAGCACAAGGGAGUAUAUUGAGUCCCAUCUUGUAUAUAAUAUAUUCCUAUGACUUUGAAAGAGCUUUUAAUUCAAGAGAUGCUAAAAUAUAUCAGUUUGCAGAUGACUGUGCCAUUAAUAUGCAGAACAAAAAUUUAUCUCAACCUAUGGAACUUCUAGAAACAGCGACUUCCAUUGCACACGAAUGGUUUGAGAAUAAUGGAUCUUCCAUUGCCUACUCAAAAUCUUGUGUAUGUACGUUUACCAGAUCUCGCCUUAGUCCUUCAAAUAUCAUCACUCUGGAUGGGCAGAAUAUAUCUUAUAAAACUUCUGUCAAAUAUCUAGGAGCUAUCCUAGAUAAAAAACUUAACUGGAAAGAACAUAUUACAUACAUUUUAAAGAGAAGUCAGAAUGCUUUUAACAUUCUGAAGUCCUUUCCACAUCGGAAAUGGGGAGCAGAUCCAGCAGUGUGCUUAACCUUUUACAGGACCUUAGUUCGAUCAAUCUUGGACUACGGAUCAAUACUUUACGGAAAUGCAUCUAGAAUUCAUCUUCAAAAAUAG